AUGUGGCCGUAUAGGGGGGCCAGAGCCACUGCUAGGAUCGAGGACGGAACGGCGGCAAGAGUUGGAGGACCGACGCCGAGCCCAAAGUUCGGCGCGCACACGGCAUGGAAGCACUUCUUCCAGAUGGUCGCGCUGGGCGGCGGGCCCGGCCCUCACCAGCAACAGAUCCGUGCGCGCCACCAGCAUAGCAAGUCGGAGCAGCUCAAGACGGACCUCGACUACGAGACGACCACGGCCACCUUCAGCGACGACUUGAGCGAGGCCACCUCCCCGAUCGACACCCUCCGAGCCGCCCCCUUCUCUCUCAACUACCACCCCGACUUGCCCUUGCUCAAAGACUCAACGCACAGGCAUAUCGAGCGCAUGUUCACCUCUCUCCGCGGCCGGGAAGGAGACUACAUAACCCGCGAAAAGCUGGAGGAGUUCCUUGUCGAGUCACAGGGCGGCCUCGUCCGUCCACUCGAGAAGGAGAAAUACAGCUUAGGUGACUUCGUCUACGUCUGGCUGCACGACUACAGCGUCGCCCUGAAGCCGGCCGCCAAGAAGGACCUGUCGAAACCCAUAACGAACUACUUCAUCAGCAGCAGCCACAACACAUACAUCGGACUCGGCAACCAGCUCAGCGGCGAGGUGUCUGCGGACGCGUACCGGUCGGUCCUGGAGGAUGAUUGCCGCUGCGUGGAGAUCGACGUCUGGAACGGCGAGGGAUACACGGAAAGGCCCAGGACGCCCACCCCCAGCAGGUCGAAAUCGCCGAGGCGCGACGUGCACAAGCACAAGAGGAACCCCUCCACCCUCUCAACGAGCUCCAUCCACUCUCUCCCGGCGGCAGCGCAGUCAUUUGCAGAAAAGAUCGACCAGAAGUGGCACGAGCUGGCAUCGAGGAGGCAUGACCGCACACACAGCUCCAAGGUCAGCCUCGCCAGCGCCAGCCUGAGCUCGCUGCACCUGGCGCUGCCCGCCGCGAGCCACAGCUCAACGUCUCUCGACCCGGGUGACCUGCUGGACCCGAACGACCCCACCCCGCCCCUGCGCCACGUGCGCUCGGCCGAGGGCCUGAGGCUGAAGGCGCAGGAGUCCAGGUCGCGGUCACGAUCAAGGUCGAGGGAGCCGCGUGGUCGCAGAAUAGAGCCGGAGGUGACGCACGCCCACACCGUUCAGGGGCUGGGCGACUUGGGCCUCGCAAAGCGCAUCCCCUUGCGCGAGGUGUGCCGGGUCAUCAAAGAGUCGGCAUUCAAGACGAACAAACUGCCCCUCGUCAUCAGCCUUGAGGUCCACGCCACGGGCGAGCAGCAGGACAUGAUAGUCGAGAUUAUGAAGGAGGAGUGGGGCGAUCAUCUUCUGGAUGAGCCACUCCAAGGGUGCGACCCAAGUGCGCGGCCGCCGAGACUUGAGGAGCUCAUGGAGAAGAUUCUCGUGAAGGUGAAGAAGGCAGCACCGACGGGCUACACCAUGCAGAAGGGGGGCAGUCAGCUCACAGUGCCUACGAGCACGUGGCACGAUGAGGACGGGUCAGCAUCAGAGGAUGAAAGGUUGACACUCGCGGGAGAGACCAGGACAGAAACUGGGGAGCUCGUCCAGGCGGUCAAAACUUCCAAGUCGCUCAUCCGCGAGACCCUCGGGAAGCUGGCCAUCUACACAUACAGCGAGCAUUACAAGGACUUCUCCGCGCCGGCGGCCAAGUCACCCUCGCACAUCUUCUCCAUCGACGAGUACAAGAUACUGAAGCUGCAUCAAAGCAAGCACCGCGAGAUGUUCACGCACAACCGUGACUUCUUCAUGCGCGCGUACCCGCACUCGACCCGCGUCAGCUCGACCAACCUCGACCCCUCGAUUUACUGGCGGAAGGGGGUCCAGAUGGUGGCCCUGAACUGGCAGCGGGCGCACGUCGACGAGGCCAUCAUGCUCAACAGCGCCAUGUUCGAGUCCGAGCAGGGCUGGGUGCUCAAACCCCAAGGCUAUCUGAGCGGCGACAAGACGACGUCGCAGGCCGAGGCUGGGCAACGCCGGGCGCUGAUAUUUCGCGUCACAAUCCUCGCAGGGCAGCUUCUGCCGUUGCCUGGGGAGCGCGACGACACCAGCAGCAAUGCCAGCACCGUGUCGAGCGUCAGCACGUCUGCCAGCACCGCGUUCCAGCCGCUGGUCAAGUGCGAGCUGCAUGUCGAGACGCCCGAGGAGCUUACUGAGAAGAAGGCCAUCAAAAGCGGCCUCGUCCAGGAUGGCCAACACAAGAUGCAGACCAGGAGCAGCGAGACGGAGAACCCUGACUGGGGCAUGGGCCAAGAGCUCAAGUUCCCCCGGAUAGACAGGGUCGUGGAGGAACUCAGCUUCGUAAGAUCCCUUCCGCAAAUCAAGAACGACUACCCAUGUUACGUGCAUGAGAUAGGUCAUAUGCUAAUGCUUCACCAAAUCAAAAGGUUCAAGAUCGAGGACGAGGGGCUUGUUAAAGACAAGCUGGCCGCAUGGGCCUGCAUCAGACUUGAUCGGUUGCAAUCAGGGUAUCGAUUCAUCGACCUGAAGGAUGCUCACGGCAGGCCCAGUGCUGGGAAACUGCUAGUGAACAUCGAGAAGAAGUUCCGAUAA